AUGGCGCCGCAGCAGGGUCUCAAGAAGCGGAAGGGUCCGCAGGCUGAGCCCGAAUCCGACGAUGAGCUGAACCAGGUCGCUUUGGAGGGCGUCUUGUCAGAGGGCGAGGACGAUUCCGACUUUGAAGGCUCUGAAGGGUCUGAUUCCGACAACGACAGCGCCGAGUUUGACGGACUCGAAGGCAGCGACGUCGAAGAGGACGAGGACGAGGAUGAUGGUUUCCUGAGUGAAGACAUUCCCUCAGACGGCGAGGAUGCGCGCAAGGACGGCAAGAUUUCCGCCGCCGACGACGAAGAUGAGGGGCCAAGCUAUCGCAUUGUCACCGAUGCCAAUGGCGGUGUCCGCUACGAGUAUGACGAGAUUGAUCCCGUCUAUGAUUCGGACGACUCGGACGCCCAGGGCCCCGCCAACACUAUUGGCGACAUUCCCCUCUCCUUCUACGAUUCCUACCCUCACAUCGGCUACGACAUCAACGGCAAGAAGAUCAUGCGCCCGGCCACCGGCGAGGCUCUCGACGCCCUGCUCGACAGCAUUGAGAUCCCCAAGGGCUGGACCGGCCUGACAGACCCCGAGACGGGCAAGCCUCUCAACCUGACCCAGGACCAGCUCGAGCUGCUGCGCAAGAUCCAGAUGAACGAGGUUCCCGAAGAUGGCUACGACCCCUAUCCUGACACGAUCGAGUACUUCACGAGCAUUGAGGAGAAGAUGCCCCUGAGCGCUGCUCCCGAGCCAAAGCGUCGCUUCGUCCCCUCGAAGCACGAGGCCAAGAGGGUCGCCAAGCUCGUCCGCGCCAUCAAGGAGGGCCGCAUCCUGCCAUACAAGCCGGAAGAGGAGAGGGAGAGGGAGGAGGAGGAGAAGGAGGAGACAUACUACGACAUCUGGGCCAACGAGGAGCCCCAACCCUUCAACGUCAUGAACAUCCCCGCGCCCAAGCUGCCACCCCCCGGCUACGACCUCAGCUACAACCCCCCACCCGAGUACCUGCCCACACAGGCCGAGAAGGAGGAGUGGCUGAAGCAAGAUCCCGAGGAGAGGGAGAAGGGAGAGCGUUUCAACCGUUGCCUCGAUCUCUACCUCGCGCCUCGCAUGCGCAAGAACAGGCUCAACAUCGACCCGGCGUCACUGCUCCCCAAGCUGCCCCCGCCCGGAGGAGUUGCGCCCCUUCCCCACGGCGUGCCAGACCAUCCCUGCAGAUCUUCCACGGCAAGGUCGUCAGCCGACCUCAUGGAGAACCCCACCAUUGUGCCCGUCAAGAUGCUCAAGGGCCACAAGGUCGUCGCCAAGCUCGGCGUCAUGGACGUCGACUGGCACCCCACCGAGCCGUGGUGCGUGUCCGCCGGUGCCGACGGCACGUGUAUGCUUUGGACGUAG